GCGGCUGCAGCCUACACUGAGGCUGAUUUUUUGAGGGAAAUGGAUGAAUUAAAGGGGAUAAGUUCGGAUGCGUACGAUUACUUGUCGAAGGUAGAUCCAAGUACGUGGUCUAGAGCUUGGUUUAGCACAUUCACCAAAUGUGAUUUGAUUGUGAACAAUCUAUCAGAGUGCUUCAAUGCCUGGAUUUUGAAGUCGCGUGAUUUGCCAAUCAUAUCGAUGAUGGAGAUGUUGAGGAAGAAAUUGAUGAAAAGAUACCAGAAGAAGAGAGAAGGCAUCAGUACCAUGGAAGGUCGGAUUUGUCCAAAAAUAAUGGCACGGUUAGAUGAAUGCGGGCAGGAUGCUGGUCACUGCUACUGCACAUACGCUGGGGAUGGAUUGUUUGAAGUCACACACAUGGAGAAACAAUAUGUGGUGAACCUAGUGAGGAGAACAUGUGGUUGCAGACAAUGGGACAUGACCGGUAUCCCAUGUGCACAUGCAAUCUGUGCAAUUUGGAGUGAUGAUGCUGACCCUCUUGAUUAUGUUGAUGAUUGGUAUACUGUGGACAUGCUUAAGAAGGCAUAUAAUGAGAUUGUUUAUCCAAUGCCUGGAGAAGAUCAGUGGACAAAGACAAACGGCGAGCAUGUAGACCCACCAAUGGCUAGAAUACAACCUGGGAGGCCGAGAAAAGUAAGGACAAGGGGUCCAGACGAGCCUAAAAAUCAGUACAGGAUGAGGAAGGGUGGGGUUACUAUGAGAUGCUCCAGAUGCAGGGGGGUUGGACACAAUGCAAGGACAUGUCCCCGGAUAAGAAGAGAAGCAGUGAACUACAGAGGAGGCGGCAUGAGUGCAUCUCAGGCACAAGUUGAUGAUGGUGGUCAAAGCUCCCUCUGUCAAACAUCUGAUCUCCAGUCUACAAUUGACGCUGAACCACCAUCAAUUCCCCAUAAUACCCAACCUACUACUAUUGCUUCAUCUAGAGGUAUGGGUCAGAGUAGAGGUAGGGGUAAGGAUAGGAGUAUUGGUAGGGGUAGGGGUAGGGGUAGGGGUCAACCUACCCCACAAGGGAUGCCAUCUGUACGAACAAGAAGUCAGUAUGCGUCACAGAAUCAGACUCGAACCAAUUUCAUUCCUGAAGGUUAUGUGAACAAAGUAAGAUGGUAUGGACCCCAAACGAUCGGUCAGCCUUGGUCACAGCCUCAUCCUCAAACAACUGUGAUUUCCCAGGGUACUGUCAAUACAGUACAACAUGGCUCUUCUCAAACAUUAGGUUGUUCUCAGGCAUCGGGUUCUUCUCAGCCGGUGGGGUCUUCAUCAAGGCCGGUGACCAGAGCUAGAAAUAUUGUUCCAACAGUAGAGAAAGCAAUGGAAAUGAUUGAGGCUAAGAAGAACAAGAGAAAGAGGCCGGAUUGGAAGUGAUUGAGCAUCAAUGUUGUUUUGUUUUUAACUUAUGUGGUGUUACAUAUGCAACUGUUAACUUAUAUGGAAUAG